UGAUCUGAGAACAGUGUGGCUCUCUGGGACAGAACUGUUUCAUAGGUUACUGAUUGUAAGGGCUUUUCUGAAACCAGUUUCAAGGGUUUUAGCUGAUAAGGAGAAUAUUCUAGGCUACAUACAGAGGAAAGAGAGAGAGGCGGCCUAUGGGACAGAAAGUGUGUUGUGAUUGGCCACAGUGUGUUGAAUAAAUGAGAGACAUACCUGAACAUCACUGACCACACACAGAUCUCCUCCGCAGAUCAUCCAAACAGAGCUGAUCAGCAUUAUCAAUCAUGAUGUGGAUCCUUCAGAAAGUGCAGGCGGGAGCAGAAAAUCUCCCGAUGCAGAUCAAUCACCUCAUCAGCAAAAAUAAGGAGGAGAUUUCAGCCAAGAGCAGCAUCUUCAAUAAACUGCACUGCAACGUCCUGACACCUGAAAAAAUUCCUGAAUUUUUCCUGCCUCCCAAACUGACCAAGCGCUGCCUCAUGGCAGACGCUGCAAAAAUCUCACAGUGUCUGAACGAAGAAAAAAAAGCUUCCAGCUGUGCAAACACAUCACUGUCAAGACCUGGUACUGCCCAGCCACUGAGAGCGAGUCUAAACAAACCUACAGCGGCUUCCAACAAACUCAAACCCAUCCCAUACUCACUGAAAUGCUACGAGUCGGGUUUAUUCGAGAGUCCGAACACGCGGCGCAAAGAGUCUUUGUUCCACUCGGCACUUACCAGUUACACACUAGAGCGAAUGACCAUCAAAACACCCAAACUGUCCUUCAGACCAGUGCUGAAGACGGCCAGCAGUGAGAGUGACACGCCCUCUGCUGACUCCUCCCCUUAUUCAACACCUCCGCCAAUCAGAAGAGAGGAUUUCACCAGCGACCAGUCGACCUCUGAGGAGCCGCUGCAGCAAGACGUUCAUGCCUCUAGAGACGAGAAAGAGAAAGUUCACUCCACUCCAGAUAAAAAGCUUGUGUCAAAAGUCUGUCAGCGUGCUAAAGUUAUCCAAUCAUCCCAUUGCUCCAAACUAGCCCCGCCCAUCCAGUUCCCCCUGGACAUGCUGCACUGCCAGGAACGCUUCCAUCAGGAGCACGUGCUUCCUCUUCCUCAGAGAGGCCGGGUGCGCGUCUCUGCCUUCAGGACCAGCGCAGCCCAGAGCUCUACGACAGUUCGCAUCCGCGUGAUCUCUGUGGAGGGCUUGAGAGAUCCCAGCGACCUUCGACCUCUGACAUGCAGCUUGACCCUAAGCCUCGCUCCAGGCAAGCUGCAGCGGCAACACAGCGCCAUCAUCAGGAACUGCCGUGACCCCGUGUUCAAUGAAGACUUCUUCUUCCAGGAGCCUGAGGAGCAGCAGGGCAGUCUGGGAGAUCUGGCUCUGAGACUGAAGGUGCUGGAUAAGGCCUCGGGCCUGGGCCGAGGAUUGGUGCUGGGAAUCGUCAUCAAACCUCUCUGUCAGCUACUGCCUCUGUGACGGGAACAACAGGAAAUGAGCUCCAUCUGUACUGUUUUUGUGUGCAAGAAACCUGGCGUUCUCAUAAUUGCAAUAUGUUUGCACUCCCCUUAAAAAAAACACUGUGCUCCAUUGCAAGCUUUGUGUUGCCCCAAGAAACUUUACAUUUGUUUGCAUUGCCUGAGAAACUUUGGGUUCAGUUGCAAAACUUUUGAAUACUCCAGAGAGAAUCUGCAUUUGUUCACAUAACUUAAA